AUGGCGCCUCGACGGCUCGACGGCUCUAAAAAUGAGACGCUCACGCUGGUGCAGCAAGGACGCGUGUACGCUCAGGAACAGCUCGCAGCUGGCCGGACUUGCAGCGUAUUUGUACAGACGUCAAGCAUCGAGCAGGCAUCACGAAUCAGGAGCAGCGGAUUGCAAGACUUCUGUUGGGCGCCAGAGUUUUCUCCACGCCGUGGACGCAAGCAGUCUGGAUGCGGGAAGCUGCAGGGCACGUGCGACGGCGGCUAUAUUUGGCAUAGGCGCAAAGGCACCGUUGCAGCGCGAGAGAUGAAAUGCCAGCGUCCCCAGCGACUAAGUGCUGUUACUCGCCUCGUGACAAGUCUCAGCCCGCCGUCCUUCUACCCUCCACCAUCCGCUCGCUUCACCACACCUUCGCUGCCAAUAUUCGACUUCAACAAACGCUCGCUGCACCACAUUUAG